GAGAGCUGGUGGGGAGCGGGGUUCCGAACCAGCCGCGCUCAUGGCAAUUGGCACCAGCCCUGCGACAGCAGAGCCUGUGGACUCCUUGUCGUCGCUGCCGCGGGAGGUUCUGAAAUGGCUUCAGAGCUUGGACUUGUCCUAUAGUGUGCGAAACGUGAAGCGCGACUUUGCCAACGGCUUCCUCAUUGCCGAGAUCUUCUCGCGAUACCACUCGCAGGACAUCUCCAUGCACACCUUCGACAAUGGCCUAAAAGAGGCCACCCGGAAGGACAACUGGGAGCAGCUUUUCAGGUUCUUCCGCAAGCAAAACUACCCCAUCUCGAAGGGGGAGUUCGAGCCAGUGAUGAAGAACCAGCAUGGCGCCGCCAUCGCCCUGCUCAUCAAGAUCUACACCUUGCUGACCAAUAGGACAGUCCCUGUCUUCAUGGUGGAGGACUUGCCCGAGGAUGCUGGCAGCAUGAGCAAGAAGAUGGCAGAGACGCUGCUGGAGCCUCCUUCCAGUGCUCCCAUGGAGCCCGCGGAAGAAGUGCGGGAGGAGAAUCACCGGCAAGAUGCCUAUCAGAUCUUCCAGGCUGCGCGGCAGCACAAGUUGGUGGAGCGCUCCGUGCCAAAGGCCGUGGCGGAGCGCGGCGAAGCCGUACCUCUGGACAUCCCCGAGGUCAGUGCCCGUAGCCUCACCCGAAACGUGGCGCAACUUAGGGUGCAGGCGCAGCAGGUGCAGGCCAUGCAAAAGAGCCGAAACACCACCUCGAUGAGCCAGCGCAAGUCCACGGGGAACGCCACCGACGUGGGGCCCACCACGCCCUCCAUCGGCUUUAUGGGCACCGGCAAGCCCGUGGUGGACGUGAUGCGGCCCAUUGUGGCGGGCGUGCUGCAGGAAAACGACCAGGUGAUGAAGUCCUUGGACCCGCGCAAGGAUGUGGUGGUCUCCUUUAUGGAGCUGUGCCGCACGCACGUGCCGCAGCCCAUGUGCGCUCGGGCCUUCCAGGCGCUCACCGCCCAGGCGCACUUACUGGUCGAGGGCAUCAUGAAAUCUCCCGCGGAGUUCUGGCGCGUGUGGAAGUUGCUGUGCCCUGCCCUGGUCGAAUUCAGCGAGAGAAAUCCCGUCUUCGAGAGCGUGGUGGGUUUCUUCAAGCGCUUGGGCCAACUGAUGAGCGAGGAAGAUCCGACGCUCACCCAGCAGUUCAUGAUGGACGGCAUGCUGCCGUCCCUGGCGCCCUUGAUGGUGGACACCGCCGGCAAGCGCGAGCCGUUGUGCGAGGUGGUGUACUCCUACGCGCAGCCGCAAGUGCUGAGCCGGCUGAACGUGCUGCGGGGCUUGAAAGAAGCCAUGGCCAAGAUGCCGGCAUACAUCUCGUGCCUGUCCUACUUUCUGCCGAUGGAGAUCCAAGUGGGUCUGCAGGACGAGCACUUGCUGCGCCAUUACCAGUACUACGCGCUGGUGGCCUUGCAGUGCCAAGAGCCCGCCAUCCGUGUGGGCGGCCUCUCCAUGCUGGCAGCGGUCUCGAAGCAGUCUCCAGCCUUCGCCCAGAAUGUGCUUCACGAAGCGCACGCCUUUGUGAACCUGGUACGGGACGACUGGUGGGAGGUCCAGGCGCAACUGAUGGUUCUCACUGGGUGCCUGCUUGAGCUGGCUGGCACCAGGCGAGACGACGCAGCCCAGGGUGAUGGCGAUGCCACCCUGUGGAAGGUGGCUGAGACAGAGGCUGGGGAGAGCCUGGAGGUGGACGAACUUGCGGUAGAGCAAUUGCUGAACGUGGCCAGAGAGCUGAUGUCCGGCAAGGGCAAGUCCAAGCUGGUGCUGCAGAUCUGCCUGUGCUCGCUUUGCAAGGUCCUGAGGGCAUAUCCCUCCCUGCUGCCGCCUUAUGUCAAUGUGCUGCUCCAGCAACCGGCGGCCUAUCGCCAGCGACUCUUGGAGCCUCAGGCCGGGACACGGCGGAAGCGCUACACCAUGGGUACAUCCUGCCGGGUCUAUGAGGAGUGCUGUAUCCUCGACUGGCCCAGUGUGGAGGUUGCUAGGACUCUGGCGGAGCAGGCGGAGCUGCAGAGUUUGCCCCACUUCGAGCCGGAGCACCUUGAGGUCCUGACCUCCUGCUUGCCGGAGCCUGAAGUGGCCAUCGACGAUGCCUGGCUGGGCGUCUUCGAGAAGGUGAAGAACUACCUCUUCGUGGCCUCCCUGGACCGAAUGCUGCACCAUGCGGCUGUGGAGGUCAUCCGGAGGUUUUGGCUCUGCCGGCCUCAAGCAGCGGCAUUGAAGGCCUUGGAUGCCUCCAAGAAGACGCUGCUGCAGACUUUGCGCCUGCACUACAGCGAUGCCGCAGAUGAGGCGCGACCGGACCGCAUCGACGAGAAGGCGCUCAUCGACUUCUUGCGCGAGAUGAAGGAGGCGGGUGGCGCGGUGGCCACGAUGCUGCAGUCCGUGGUGGACCAGUUCCGGGAGGUGCACAACGUGGAGUUCCAGCGCUCGACCCUGGCGAAGUUGUUCGGCUGAGAGAGCCUGGACGGGCGAGCAUCAGAUCUGGUCCCAU